CUUUUGCAGGCUUGAUGCUUGAUGCAGACGAUGUUAUUUCAAAAGCAGUAAGUUGUCAAGUGUGACUUGUUUGCGAUUUUGAAUGGAAUUGUAGAAACGUGGUUCAUCAAUUUAUAAACAAUUUUCAGCUUACUGGCAUUAAAAUAAACAAAUGGCUGAUAAAUUAGCAAGAGCCGAGAAGGCUAUAGAAUCGAAUCCAUUUGAUUUGGAAGCUUGGGGUCAAAUUUUGCGUGAAGCCCAAAUACGCAAGAUUGAUGAUGCUCGAACUUACUUUGAACGCUUGGUGGCCCAGUUUCCGACAUCAGGUCGUUAUUGGAAAAUGUACAUUGAACAAGAAAUGCGAGCAAGAAACUAUGAUAAAGUCGAAAAGCUGUUUCAACGAUGCUUGGUCAAGGUUUUAAACAUUGAACUGUGGAAAUUGUAUGUUAACUAUGUGAAAGAAACCAAAAGUGCUCUGCCCAACUACAGAGAAAAAAUUGCUCAAUGCUACGAUUUUACACUGGACAAAGUUGGGAUGGAUAUUCAGUCAUACAGUAUUUGGAAUGACUAUAUUCACUUCCUCCGUAAUGUUGAAGCUGUUGGAUCUUAUGCUGAAAAUCAAAGGAUCACGGCUGUGAGGAAAGUGUAUCAAAGGGGUGUAAUCACUCCAAUGCUUAACAUUGAACAACUAUGGAAGGAUUACAUUGCUUAUGAAUUGGCUAUUAACCCCAUGAUUGCUGAAAAGAUGCAACAGGAGCGCAGCCGUGAUUACAUGAAUGCUAGAAGAGUUGCCAAAGAACUAGAGGCCUGCACUCGCGGUCUUAACAAGGCUAUGCCUUCGACUCCUCCAUCCAAUCAUCCGGAACAAAACAAACAGGUGGAACUGUGGAAGAAGUAUCUGGCUUGGGAGAAAUCGAAUCCCCUCCGUACGGAAGACCAGUCACUACUCACUAAGAGAACAAUGUUCGCUUUCGAACAAUGUCUCCUAUGUCUGGGACAUCAUCCUCAUGUUUGGUAUGAAGCUGCCCUUUUUCUACAGAUUAGCACAAAAACUCUUUCAGAUAAAGGGGAUGUUACGGCUGCCAAGAACUUAGCUGAAGAAGUCUCAAAUAUUUAUGAACGAUCAAUUAAUGGGCCCAUGUCACAUAAUAGUUUGCUUUAUUUCGCUUAUGCGGAUUACGAAGAGGGACGAAUUAAGUACGACAAAGCUCAUCAGAUCUAUACAAAAUAUUUGGAGCAGCAUGACAUCGACCCAACUUUGGGUUAUAUUCAAUAUAUGCGAUUUGCAAGGAGAGCAGAAGGUAUUAAAUCGGCUCGACUAGUGUUCAAGAGAUCUCGCCAGGAUCCCCGCUGUUCUAGCCAUGUUUUCGUAGCUGCUGCCUUAAUGGAAUAUUAUUGCACCAAGGACAAAAAUAUCGCCUUUAAAAUAUUCGAUCUAGGCCUCAAACGUUUCAAGCAUCAACCUGAUUAUCUGCUUGCUUAUGUGGAAUUCUUGACCCAACUAAAUGAAGAUAACAACACUAGAGUUCUCUUUGAAAGGAUUCUUUCAUCAGGUUCCCUCACUUCUGAAAAUUCGCUUGAAAUUUGGAACCGCUUCCUCGAAUUUGAGUCUUCUAUUGGUGAUCUUUCGAGUGUAAUCAAAGUAGAAAAAAGACGCAACGCCGUUCUCGACAAGCUUAAGGAACUGGAAGGUAAAGAAACAGCACUUCUUAUUGAUCGGUAUAGAUUUGGAACCCUCUUCCCUUGCUCAGCCGCGGAUUUAAGGGCUUUGGGAUACUACGAAGUAGCAGAGCUGAGUAGUAGUCAAAAUGCUAAAAACCUCCUUGCUAGAGAGGAAGAAAGUAGAAAACAAAGCACAGAAGCGGCUGAUGUUACCAUGUACAAGCCCGAUUUUUCUCAGAUGGUUCCGUUCAAGCCGAAGAUGCAAUGGACCCCCGGAGAACACAUUGCGCCUGGAGGAGGAUUUCCGCUUCCACCUGCAGCCUCUCAACUGUGCGGAAUGUUACCGCCUCCGCAUUGUUUCCACGGUCCUUUUGUAGUAGUCGAUCCAGUAAUGGAGCUUAUUAAACAUUUGAAUAUAAGCGAAACAAGUUCUCUUCUUGCAAAUACAGCGGAAAAUUCUAAACUAUUUGACAUGGCUCGAAGUGUUCAUUGGCUUCCGAAAGAUACGGGUGUCGAUCGUCCACAAAAAAAGAGAGGGGUGGGUGAAGAGUCUGAAGAUGAGGAGCCGAUCGCCAUUAGUGGAUCUCAGCCUGGUGGACCGCCACCAAAUGAUAUUUACAGGAAACGACAACAGAAGCGAGUCAAGUGAUGAAAGAAUUUACUUGAUCAAUAUUCAAAACACAAAUACACACAUAAUUGUUUACACCA